AUAAUUGCCUAAAUAAUUACCUAGGGAGUAAAUGACAUUUACCAGCAGUACGGGCCGUCUAGCUGCUUGGAAAUGCUUAGCCUAUCAUUGUUAAUAUGCCUUGAUAACAAAUAAGUACCAUUAAACAAAUAUGUAUGGUAUUCGUUGAUUAUCUGUAACGAACAUUUUAUUUCUUUUAUAGAAUAUAAGCUUCGAACGAAAUAGAUAAGUACUCUAAAUAAUUUCACUUUGGUUUCUUGUGGGUAUUUGUAAAAAAUCUGUGAUACGUGAAUUUCAAGCAUUUAUUUAAAUGAUUUGAAAAUUACAAGGAUUAAUAUACUACUGCUUUCGAGGACGUGUUAAGCCGUCCUUCCAAAUGGAAUGGACUAUAAACUAGUGAAGAAUUAUAGUUGGUAUAAAAAUCUUGUUUAAACGAUGGUUACAUCUUAAUGAAAUAUGAAAAUAUGAGACAUCAUAAUUAAUAUAUAAUGAGUACACAAUUUGUUCAUAAAUAUUUUUAUUGAAAGCUGUUAUUUUCGACAAUGUUUGGAACUAUAACUAAAUAAAAACGUAAACUUUUAAAGUGUUAAUUUUGAAUCAGAUUGAUUUACAAUGGCAAAUGUGAGUGAAGGAUACUUCGAUGAAAGAACUGUUCAACAUCUUGAAUUUGAAAAACUAGUGAGAAUUAUUAUUCCCAUAAUAUUUGGUCUUGUGUUUAUUACUGGUUGCACUGGAAAUAUUUUUGUUCUUAUUAUAUCAUUCAAAUUUAAGAACAUGAAAACUAUUAACAACGUGAUGAUCUUUGCCUUAGCAACAGCAGAUCUGUGUUUCUUGGCCCUCUGUGUACCUUUCACAGCACUUGGUUAUACUCUAACAAAGUACCAUUUUGGACGUAUAUGGUGUAAAAUAUCAAACUAUAUUAUUUACGUUUCGGCUUAUGUUUCAGUAUAUUUUAUGUGUUUGAUGUCUAUGGAUCGUUUCCUUGCAAUAGUGUAUCCGUUAUCAAGUAAACGUUUUCGCACGAGGUCAAAUAUCUAUACCGGAAUCGCAUGUGCUCUUUUCUUUUCGUUCAGUGUAAACAUACAAAUUUUCUUUGUAUGGGAGUACCAAGAAUAUUACUUUUACGAAGAAGAGCGGAGCGUUUGUGCUUCUAUUUUUGCUAAAAGAAUUUUGGUAAAAAUAUUUUUUUUGACUUUUGGGAUAUUCAACUACUGUAUCCCCAUUAUCGUCAUUACAGUAUUGAAUGGAUCAAUAUUCAUCACACUUCUUAGGACGCGAAGUUUUAUGUCAAGCAAUAUAUCAAGAAAUGUAAGAGCAGCCAAGAUUGUUUUUGCUAUUGAACUAGGGUAUUUUGUAUGCUGGACGCCGAUACACGUUGUGAUUUUUCUACAGAAUUUUACAAACGUGAACAGUUUCAUGGAAAUUACAAUUGCGCAGUUUAUUGGAAACGUUUUAGCAUACAGUAACAGUUGUUUAAACCCAAUCCUGUACACGUUUGUUUGUAAGGAGUACCGCGAAAAGAUGAAAGAAUUACUCAAUAUGAAUAAUUGAGCUGGAACAAGAAAAAGAUGUUUCAAACGAAACGGUUGUUAUACAAGAAUCGUGUAAUACUAUGACAUUUCCUCAUCUAAAGUCAGAGUGUAUGUCAUCAUGAUCGAUGGAGAACACUGACUGUGGAGGUGCCAUUGUCAAACAACUUUGCAGUUUUGGACAGUCACUGUAAACAUGCUGCUUUCCUUUUUAUUUUUCCAGCAAUCAUGAGCGUGUCAUGAACGGAUCUAUAUCUGAUCAUCCUUAGAAAAUUUCUUCGUUAAAUAAUUCGAUAACGUAUACAAGUGGAAGUCAUAGUAGAGAUGUUUGUAUGUUGGACGCCUGGAAUGUGUAAUUCUGUAAACAGCACAGUAUAACAUGUAAUGGUCGCUAUUCUAAAAUGUUUUCUACUAUGCCAUAGAUGAGGGUAACAUUGUAUAUCUGUUUUUAUAGUGUUAGGUACGAAUGGCUACUCAUAUACACUGUGAAUGUAAUUCAGUUGCAUUCGGUUACAUUUUAUGUAUUAUAUUGUAUUGUACAUUUGUUUCUAAAACAGUUUUUUAAUUGAAUUAAAAUGGUUUAAUUUUUUUAAUGCUUUGAACAUGUAAAAUACAUUUGAUAAUUCCUAACUGUAUUUUCUUUCCUGAUUUAUCUUAAAGCAAUAAAACACA